AUGGAGGGCACUAUCAAACCUCUGCGAAGGCAAGUCGGACGCGCCUGCGACGGGUGUCGCGCAAGAAGGGCCAAAUGUGACAAUGAACGCCCAUGUGGAGCCUGUCGACGAAGAAAUGAGCCAUGCGUGCAGAUCGGAUCAGAUGAGCCUCGGAAUUUACCACAAGCUAUGAGAGAGAUAGACAGACUGAAGAAGAAUAUCAAGGAAGCAGAAGCCAAGCUUAGGAAUCAUAAGGAAAUCGAAGAUGAAUUGCUCUGGUAUAGGUCUCAGUACCCCCUAGCAAGUCCGUUGCAGUCGAACAGUUCGCCUGGGCAGACUUCUUUGCCCGGUUUGGAAUGGUCCAGUCGCACCACGGUUUCAACGCCAGCGCAGAAGUCGGAUCGAUAUAGUCCCUGGGAAGGAAUCCAGAUCGGCACUGCUCGCUCACCAAACUCAUCAUGGUACGGCUCAUCAUCACUCUUUCAUUUUAUCGGGCGCAUGAAUAGCUACUUGGGCGCAAUCCUCCAGCAGACCCAAACGAGCAACCAGAUGGUUCUUCAUGGAUCCGCAAGUACACUAUUAAACGGUACAACCGAGCACAGUCCGGAAGAUGACUCUCAGGAGCACGCGCUUUCCUCAGAGGACCUAUUUACAGCAGGACAGUUUUUGAGUCCAAUUCAAGAAGAAUACUUCCUCGAUUUCUUUUGGAAAUCUUACCACACUUGUCUUUUCCCGAUCAUCAAUGAGGCCGAGUUUAUGGACCACUAUCGAUCACUAUGGGCGGAGUCUGGAGACAAAAGAAGACCUGAUGCGCUUGUGGACAUCGUGAUUGCUCUGUGCAUGCAACAUGGUGUCUCUCAUCUAAGCCUCGAUCAACAAAAGUCCAUCAUUGGUGGAGACCCCAGCGUCGCCGGCCGCUGGUACUUUCGACGUUGUCAGCAGCUAGUCACGUACCAGCUUGAAAGCCCCACGGUAUCGACAGUACAAUCUUUAAUGCUAUGCUCCAUAUACCUAUGCAACGGGUCUUUCCAAAACAUGUCUGCGACAUGGGCGGGUAUGGCUGCGACAGCGGCUUAUGUUGCCGGGCUGCAUAUAGCCCCUUCGCACGAUCUAGAAGAACCGGAACGUGAACUGAGGAAGCGUCUGUGGUGGGGUCUCUAUGAGCUAGAUGCAAAAAUUGGCAUGAAACUGGGUCGGCCUUUUCUUCUCCAUCGCUCUCCUACCGAGCCCGACCUACCAGAUGACCAACCCGAAACCGCGAAGCAAUCCGGGUCUCGCCUGGCCAAUCCAGGCGAAAACAAAACAUGGCUCAGCUUUCAUCUCGAAAAUUCAAAACUUUUCAUCAUCACACGUGAGAUUCAUGAGUCAUUUUACGCAAGAGAUGUAAAUUUUCUCCAAGGCCAGUCCAUCUGGGAUGAUCCCCAGGCAUUGGAGUCCCAUGCCGAGUUUUUGCAUAUUUGUGCAAAGCCUCUAGAUCAAUGGGUUGUCGAGCUUCCCAAUACGCUCAAGACUAGUCGACAAGAAAAUGGUACCCCCUUUUCCACAGAUGGAACAAAACUGGACAUCGAGCCAUUUGCACCGAUAUGGCUUCAACGCCAACGUCUAAUCCUGGAGUUGAUCUAUCACAAUCUCUGCAUCAACAUCCAUCGACCCUUUAUCUCCUUCGUCCCAGGACUACAAUCAAGUUUAACGGAGAAGUUUGCCACAAAAUGCGCUCUCCAUGCGAUGGAAAUCACCAAAAUCACACACCAAACACUAUCCUCAACGACUAUCCUAACCGGCUGGCACGAAGCAUUUCAAUGGCAGUGGAACGCAUCAAUGACCCUCGUCGGAUUCAUCUUAGCCCACCCACGAAAUAUCCUAACACCCGAAGCCAUUAAAGCAGUUGACCUGGCUAUUACAGUCUGCGAAAAAUUCGGAGAACUGUUUUCUGUCGCGAACAGCGCAGCCACCAUCUUACGGAAUCUUGGCCCCAAGAUUAAUAUUUUAUUACAGUCUCACUCUGAGAUGCAAGGGCCGAAUAAUGGUGUUGACCAAGGUAUUCUCAAGCCGACUAAUAGUACGGAGUGGCUGGAUAGUCUUAUGGCUGAGACUUCUAGCUCUGAUCCUUCUCUUGUUAUGCCUAUGCAAGACAUGUUUCAGAUGGCUUUUUCGAUUGAGCAGUGGAGUGCUUUGGAUAACCUGUUACCGGAUAUAGGGGAUAAUUGGAAUUGGAAUUCUCAGAGUUUAGGGGUCUUUUGA